AUGCGCGAGAUGGCCGAGCUCGAGGCCCUGGAGAUGGCCUCGUUCGAAGCGGAGGCAGCCGAGGCGGAGGCGCGCACCACUGCCGACCAGGUGUCGCAGGUGAUGGGCAUCCAGCUCCCGAAGGAGCUGCAGAUCACGGUGGUGACCAAAGCGCAGCAGAAGCGCAAGGCGGCUGCCGACGAGGUCAGGGAGGUCAGGGAGUCUGCCGAAACUCGCCCGGUGAAGGACGGGAAGUCGGGGAAGGCGGCCAAGAAGGUGGCGCCGGACGAGGCGGGUGCGGAGGCGGCAGACCUGACCAAGCCUUCGUCGCACAAGUCCAAGGAAGGCGGCGGCUCAAAGUCCAGCUCUAAGCACAAGUCGGACAAGUCCAGCCGGCGGCGCACGUCCUCCGAGUCGUCGCGCUCCAACAGUCCAAGCGUGUUCAAGAAGAAGAAGGAGCGACAGCACAAGCGCGAGGAGGGCGCGUCGGCCGCCCCGAAGAAGGGUGAGUCGUUCUACAGCUUCGAGGUCGACGAGUCGCUGCACAUUCGGACGGGCGAGGACGGCCGGCCCAAGUUUGUGUGCGACAUCUGUCAGACCACGUACCAGCGGCUGCACAGCCUGAAACGCCACUACUACCGCAACCACAUCAACCACAAGUACGUGCACGAGAGCGACAUGGCCAGCGCCGAGCUGACGGCGCUGCAGGACACCAGCGGCUUCCGCGAGGCCACGGAGCGGGCGGCAGGCUCGCGGCGCCCGUUCCUCUACUGCUGCUACCUCUGCCGCACGCUCUAUGACUCGCUGGCGGCCGUGGUGGAGCACACGACCGCCACACAUUCGGGCAAGGCGCGUGACGCGGCGCCGGGGAAACGCCUCGAGUGCGACAAGUGCGACGAGACGUUCGCCGGCCGGCGCGAGCUGGAGAAGCACCGCGAGGUGCACCAGUGCCACACGUUCGCCUGCAAGUUCUGCGACCAGGUGUUCCCGUGCGAGUCGGUCAAGAAGCGGCACGAGAAGAUCCACAACCGGGAGGCGCGGCCGCCCGAGGCCGGCGCCCAGCAGACCAUCGCCAAGAUCAACAUCGGCGGCGUGAAGAUCAGCGUCGGCAUCGGCAACCUGCAGCAGCUCAAGAAGUUCAAGGAGGCGUGCAAGGAGAUGUCGGAGACUAGCAAUGGUGCCAUCAGCCUCGAGUCGGCAGACCUGGAGGCGCUGGAGCGGAGCACGCAGUGGUGGCGCGUCCACAAGGAGCAGGACGAGGCCGAGCUGGAGCGGCAGCGCGCCGCCGACGAGGCCCGCUUCUACGCCGGCGUAUGCGUCAACGUGGCCGACAACCUGACGAACUACAUGGACGGCACGGAAGACCCGGCCGAGCUGACUGGCGAGUGGGAGCGACUCAUGUGCUUCGUGUGCCACGCGUGCGGCGCCGUGUUCGGCAGCCUGUACGAGCUGGACGAGCACAAGGCGUACCGGCACCCGCACGUGCUGUGCGGCCACACCAGCCUGCCGGACGACCUGGAGCUGCUGUCCGAGGCGGUGUUCGGCCAGUACGUGAGCGGCGCGUCGGCCGAGCGCGACAACCUCGAGUUCCCCGUCGGCUGCGGCAGGUGCGACCGCAACUGCAACUCGCUGCCCGAGCUGCACCGCCACAUCCUGGAGUGCGCCGGCGACGCCGACUGGAACACGUGGAGUACGCCGCGGAAGCGCAACCGGCGCGGCAUGAAGCGCAUCCUGGCCACGCCCAGCCGGCCCAAGCGAGAGAAGCCGCCCAAGCCCAAGCAGAGCAGAGACACGUCCGCCGACUCCAUCGAGAAAAUGCUGGCCAACCUGCCGGCCAAGCGCGUCUCCAAGCAGCUGUUCCCCAUGCUGAACCUGGUGCAGCUGCAGAAGCGCGCGCCAGCUCCGUGA